GUGAACCUCGUUAAAUCUUUGUGUCAUUUUUAUUGCAUUAUUAUUUCUUACAAACAUCGGUUUUAUUGAUAGCGUAAUUUAUUUAUCACAAGACUUCGUACUUUCGAUCUUGGUGAUAUUAAAGAUUGAAACGCGUCGUUUGAUCUCUAAUAUAGAGUUGUUUUCAACUUAAGUUUUGCAAUUGUUUGUUCAGAAAAACAGAACAAGAAAAAUUUUCGACCUCUGGGAUUUCAUUGGAAGCAGGGAUUUCUUGUUUGAUCUCAUUCAGUUGUUCCAAAUUGUGCUUCUAUGUUGAUUAUGGUAAUUUGUUCUCAUGAUUUAGCUAAUUUGAUUCAUAGUGUGGUCUAAUUCUAUUGGGUUUUAUAAUUGAUGAAAAUUUCAUUUCUCUUUCUUACAUAAAUUGGUGAAUUUAUCUAUUAAAAAUAGUCGGAUACAUCAAGCAUGAUGAUGAUGAAAUGACAAAAUACUCCUAGUCUAACGACUAACAUAUACCAUGUUUCUCUUAAGCAUUCAGUCGAACACUUAAUUGCAUACCUCAUGUUACAAGGUGAAAGUAGGACUUCAGUUGUUGGAGCAGAAAAUUUCUAAAGCAGCAUUACAAUAAGAGGUUAAGGGGUCAAAAGCAUCAGUAUUUGAGCAGUUUGGUUAUGUUAGCAGCAAAAAGAGAGAAUUAAGCUAAAAUAAUUUAUCCCCUUAUUUAACACAUUUUCAAUUAUAUUUUAGAGUAGUUCGUGGGUAACUUCUGCCCAAUAGUAAAUCCACCAUUGCCAUGUCACCUAUUAUGCCAUAGAUUGUGAUCAUUUUGGUACUUCAAUUGUUAUUUCAGUUGAUUACUUGAUGAACAUUUAGUUGUUAAAUCAAACUAGUUUUUUUGUUGGUUUGAAGCUGCCAAAAUGGUGCAAGUGGUGACUUUAUAUAUCGGCAAGUUGGUUAGGCUUAUAGAAGGUAAUUGUAGACCAAGUUAAUUUUUUGUAGUGCUUUCAAAACAAUAUUUACUAGAAAAGGUUCUUUGGUAUGAUUCAUAACAUCUUUGUUAUUUGGAAUGAUUAAUAAUUGGCUAUUACAGAUUAUUGUGUGUUUGGUUGGCUAUCCGUAAAGUAUGCUAAACAAACCCUUUAUAAAUAAACUAACAAGGCCUUCAAAAAAAUUUGUCAUUUUUUGAUCUGCCUUUCGGAGGCGGCUAGCGUUGGGGUGAAAACUAAUAUAUAUGUGAAUGUGCAUUAUGCAUGUGUCACUAAAAAUCUACGAGAUGCCCUUUUCCUUAUUAUUGUCUGUAUCCAUCGUGUUUGCUCUAAUCCUUUUCCCUAUUACACAUUGGCGUAGGGAAUAGGGAGUAAAGAACUACAAAAUAAUAAUGAAUAUAGGAAUUGAUUUCCGACCAAAACUCAACUCAACUGUAAAGAUUUAGGCUUUCUACUUAAAGAGUUUUUUUUAAUUAUUAUUUAGUUGUUGACCAUGGCGAUCCUCCCUCACUUGUAAAGUCAAGUCCAAGUCCUUUUCAAAUUAUCUUAAAGAUAAUCCAACCUAGCUCUUGCAAAGCUAUGAUUUUCAUGUUUCUUUUCAUGAUUAUUGUUUACGUUCCAAAAGAUAUUCAAUAAUUUGUUAGUGUGUGUAAUAAUCAAAACUUUAGAUUAACAAGUUGUAGGAGAUAAAUCUAGUAAUGUAUGUGAACUUAAGUUGUAUAAAAUUUGGUGGCUAUAAUAAUUAGAACUAAGAGAAUGACUAGAAAUUGAGAGUAUUUAUAGAGACUAACGGAGUAAUUAAAGAGUGUUCAUUUAGUGAUUAAAGACAUUAAUAGAGAUAGUUAGAGCGGGAGAGUUGUGGUGAAUGGAUGAUCAAAUGAUCAUCUAUGUAUAGUGGUGACUGCAAGAAUUGACCUUAUUUUUAAAAAGGAGCGACUAUUUUUUGGGCGGUUCUUGAAACUGUUUGUUCGGCUAAUUCGAUAAGCUGGUUUGAUUGCCCUUAUUCAUACAAUUACCUUGCUAAGCCGGUUUGGGCAGGUUUUGGUUGCUAAUCCUGGGUGAUUCUAGUCUAGUUGGGUAAAUAGGCCCAUGGCCAUCUCUAGUUGAGUUUAAGAUUUAUGGAAUUUCAAGACUAAUCUGGAGUCAAUUUGGGCCAAAGUAGGUUAUGAUUAGAGAAAUAUGGUUCAUGUUAACAAAUUUAUCAAUUAAUAUCUCGACUUAAAGAUUGGGUUGAACCAUAAUCAGAAAAGAUGAGCUUGCUUGAAGGUCAAUUUUCGGUUUUCGUUGCUUAAAUUCUUAAAAUGGUUUGGUUGAUUAAGAUUGAGUUAGUCAUAUCACUUUACGUGGAAGAUGGUUGAAUUUUAAUUUAGUUUAAAUUUCAGAUUAUGUCAGUUUUUUGUUUGUUUUAGUUUAGUUUGGAUCCUUUUUAUAUGAUUAAUUCUUAGAAUCUUUUUUGAGUUACUUUCAAGAUUGAUAAAAUUCAGUUUAUUUUCUUUUCAAAUAGGACCACAUUGAGUUUUCGUUUACUUUCAAUUUAAACUUGCUUUAGGUUACAUACAAAGUGAUCAACCUGUUAGAUAUUUAGAGUAUAAUAAAUGUAAAGUUAUAUAUCAUGUACUAUGACAAUAGUGGGACAUAUAAGUGUUAUAACUUAACUUCGAAGAAAAGGCAAAACAAUGUAAAGAAAAAACGUAAACAGAGAAAAGCCACGAUGCGUCGCCUAUCGGCAGUGACUUGUCACUUUUCCAUGAAAGCAAUUUACGUAGGCAUUAGAAAACAACGACUCGUCGCCAAGUAUAAGCGACUCGUCGCUUUUCGCUAGAAUGUGAUUUUCGCAUUUGCUAUACUUAUGUAAGGAUGUGUUCUCUCAUGAAAUCUUAUUAAUGAUCAGUUAAUGUUUGAAUGUAUGGUAUUACAGCAUGCAACACUAUUGUAAAUAGUGGAAGUUGCAAUUGGAUAAGUUGGUCGUUGCAUAAUAUCAUAUUCUGCUUUUAUGUUUUUCCUCUCUUAGUUUCCUUACCUUUUCUCUUACAUGGUUAUAGAAUCUUGCAAACUCCAUAAUUAUAUUUUUGAUUUUACAUCUUAUUAACCCUCUUGUUCCUUCACGUUGCUAUGAUAUAUAGCGCUUAUAUCUUAGUGUAAAUCAUUGUAUCUCAAUAGCGUAUUCUUGUGGGCGUUGACUUUCGUCGUUACCAAAGGAUAUGAAAACAAAUGUUGGGAUAAUCAGCAAGAGAAGCAAAGUAAAAUAUUGUUCCUGUCUUAGAUGAAGUUUCUCUUCCUCUCUGGAAUGAGGAUCCUGAACACCAAUGCCUUGUUAUUGUGAAAACUAAAAUUAGUCAAAUCCCAAAGGAAAGUUGGCAGCAAUGGCAGGGAGAUCAAGAUAGCACGCCCUUUUGGAUUGUUGCCUUUCACAACGAUGAGGGUAAAGAGUUGUCGUUGGGAGAACAAUGGAAGAUUUUGACGAGGAUUAUUAUUUGACUGUACAAGCGAAGUUGGUACUUAUGAAUAUCAUGAAUCUGUUUCAGAGUAGCUGUUCUGCAGUUAUAAUUUGUGCCGUCAACUGUUCUCAAAGUUAGUCCCCGCAUGACUUUAACUUUGGUGGCUUGCAUUCAGGGAGCUAGCGGCACUUUCUCCUCAUGAACUUGUGAUAAUAGCAUCUAAGACUUGUGGCAAUUCUUGUAGUAGAAUGAACAUGUUAGCAUUCAAAGCGGUCUUCUUUUCCUGGCCUAUCUUUAUUUAGCUUCCAAGUAAGCGACGCUCUAUACGGCCAUAUUACGCGUCUCUACUCGUCCAUCAUGGAUCUCUUUGUAGAAGACUUGGUUACACCACAUGGUCGUGUAUUUGCAAAAUGAAUAAGUUACACCAUUUCUUUCGUUCCCCACUUCUGCUGCCUAUUGGUAUGAUUUUCAUAUAUCUGUGUAUAUUUUUUAAUUGUUUAUUCUUUCGUUGUGGAAUAAUGCUUCUAUCUUCGAAUAAUCUUGAUUAAAAUAAAUUUACUCUUUCAGUUGAUUAGGCAGAUUAAAUCAUGCAACAUCGCUGAUUUUACUAAUGGAUAAGUAAAUCUCUUUGUCAUGACAAUCUGCUGGAUACUGGUAUUAGCAUCAAGUUUGCUGCCUUAGUUUACUUAGCUUUAUAAGCGUUGUUCAUUUAUAAACGCCAUGUUAUCAAAUUGCGAUUAAGAUCCGCUGGAGCUUCAAACAAUUUUUACAGAUAAUUAUAGAUUUAUUAGGAAUUAUUUGUGUCUUUAUUUCUUUAUUUCGGUUAGUGUUACCAAAUAUUGGUAAUUAGUAGUCCAUGUUAGCUUCUUGUUUCUUUAUUAAUUAAAUAACAAUAAACCAAGAACAUAUCUGUGCACGACAUGGUUGUCAAUUUCAUACUUUGAUAUUAUUAAGAACUUAAGCUAUUGAUUAUCAAGAAUUCGUGCAGGCCACUUUAUUACCCUGUCUUUCUCAACCAUCUAGUUAUUUGUCAGUUGUCAUAUUAUGUUAUUUAUUUUCAAGCUUACAGAAAAUUGUAGUUUUGUUGUAUUCUCCUGCCAUAUCCAAGAUUUCAUCUUCAGCGCCUUUGGUUUGAUUUUAAUGGGUCUGCUCUCGUCCCUUUCGCUUUCUGUCCUCCUUGUACGAUCUUUGUUCUCUUACUUUCUUCCAUGUCUACAAUCUUUUUUCCUCUGAAACAUUUCCAUGAAGAAAAACACCAGCUAUGUAAAUUCCUUGCGGAUGGUGUCCGUCUUUUGUUGUUCUUUAACUUUCCUUAUUCUUCUUACCUUAAACAAAGUCAGCGGCCUCGGCUCUUCCUCGACUAUUGCUGUCAGCUAUGGUUUCAACACUGUCUGCGGCAUACUGGCAGGAAAAUCAUUGCAGGGCAUCCAAUGUUUCCAACAGGGUAAAGUAUUUUCUGUCCUUCCAAACAUCUCCUAUGAAGCCAUUGCUGGCGGCCGGGAUUUCUUCUGUGGUUUGAGUUUUAAUGGGACUGAGCUCUUCUGCUGGAACGCAGGAUUUUCCAACUCCAGUUUCCAUGGAAAGCGAAUUUACCAUAACACCCUUUUCCCGUUGAAUGAUCUAACAGUUGGAGAUGAUCAAGUUUGCGUAGUGCAGGCCCGAACUGGUAAGAUCCUUUGCUGGGAAAGAGAAGGAAGAUUCUCUUUCCUAUCCCCAACAUUGCCGCCUGGGGGAGAAACGGCUUUUGUUGCAAUCACAGCAGGGGAAGGGUUUUCAUGCGCGAUAGUGAAGGAUGAAAGGAAUGUUCUUUGUUGGGGUGAAAGUGGGAUGGGGGAUUUUAUUGAAAGGGAGUUUGAAAAUCUAUCAAUGCUGACUUUAGUUGCUGGGAAAUCCCAUGCAUGUGGUAUCACAAUGUCUGGGUUUCUAAUCUGUAAAGGCAACAACAAUUCUGGCCAACUCGACGUCCCUUUGGAAUUCCCGUUUCACUUUUCUGAGCUUGCACUCGGUGGGACCUACUCCUGUGCUUUGCAAAGAAGUAAUGGUUCGGUCAUCUGCUGGGGUAAUGGCGGAAAUACAUCUGUGAUUGUCUAUCCGAAGAUCCAGAGGUUUUCAUUCGUGUCAAUUGUUGCCGGAAUUGAUUUCACAUGUGGUCUGAAAACCAACGAUUUUACUCUCAAUUGUUGGGGUCUUGGCUGGUCCGAUGAGUUUAGUACUACACUUCCGUUGCCAAGUAUGAUUCCUGAUAGAUGUGUUCGAGAAUCUUGUGAACUUUGUGGCUUGUUUCCAGGUUCAGAAUCACAUUGCAGUGGUGAUACAAUUAUAUGUAGGCCGUGUGUGAUUGAUCUUCCACUUUCGUCAAGGCCUAGAAUGAAUCUAGCCCUAGCAGCUGAGCCGGCACCAUCUCCAAUAGCAGUUUCACCUUCAUUUCCUGUUCCAUCCUUACCACAAAAAAGGGAAAAAGACCGUCCUUUUUGGGCAUAUGAGCUAUUUGGGCUUGUUGGUAUCAUAUCUGGAAUAUUGGCCCUUGGUUACUGCUUAUACCAAAAACGAUCAUACUUUUCAAAGGAAAGGAAAGUUGAAAAUGUUACGAGGGACAAGGAACUUAAUUCUGUAGGGAGUAGUAAUGCUGCUGAUUCAGCUUUUAUAGCAAGUAAUGCUUCAAGUGCACCUCAAUCAAGAUCGUCGUCAAUCACUCAGCUUUCUAUGACUUUGGCGUCUCAGAGGAGCUGGGAUCAUUCGUUAAAGCACGUGGAAAAGGCGGAGGUGUUUACCCUGAUGGAGCUAGCUGCUGCUACCAAAAAUUUCUCUUCAGAAAACAAGAUUGGGAGAGGGAGCUUCGGGACUGUGUACAAAGGAAAACUUACCAAUGGCUGUGAAGUGGCCAUCAAGAGGGAAGAAAUCUGCACCACCAAGAAUAGAGAAAAUGCAUUCGAGUCGGAAUUGAUGUUAUUAUCUCGGGUUCACCACAAACACUUGGUGGGUCUUGUCGGGUUUUGUGAAGAAAGGAACGAGAGACUUCUGGUGUAUGAGUUUAUGAGCAAUGGAGCUCUGCAUGAUCAUUUGCAUUGCAAGAACACAAGCAACAAUGGUAGCCCAUUGAAUUCAUGGAAGAUGAGAAUCAAGAUUGCUUUGGACGCAGCAAGAGGGAUCGAGUACCUUCAUAAUUAUGCGGUUCCACCCAUCAUUCAUCGAGAUAUCAAGAGUUCAAACAUCCUUCUUGAUGCAAGUUGGGUUGGAAGGGUUUCCGACUUUGGGUUGUCAUUGAAGGGUCCUGAGAACGAGGAAGGGAGCAUGUCUAUCAAAGCAGUUGGGACAUUAGGGUAUAUUGAUCCCGAGUACUAUGUUCUUAAGGUUCUGACAACCAAGAGCGAUGUGUAUGGUUUUGGGGUCGUUUUGUUGGAACUUUUGACGGGUAAGAAGGCCUUGUUUAAGGAAGAUGAAGAACAUGGGCCAACAGGAGUGGUGGAGUAUGCAGGUCCCUUCAUUGUGGCAGGGGAGAUGUGGAAGGUCUUGGAUAAGCGAGUCGAUCUGCCAAUAAUGAAUGAGUCUGAGGCCAUCGAGCUCUUGGCUUACACCGCGAUGAUGUGCGUCAACUUGGAAGGGAAAGAAAGGCCAACAAUGUCGGAUGUAGUUGCCAAUUUGGAGAGGGCCUUAGCCCAAUGUAGAGGCAGCUCUGGUACCUUCUCUCCCAAUUUCUAUUCUUUUAGUUGAAAUGAAUUCUCUUCACAAGUCAUAUUUCCCACGGUUUUGUUCGAGAUUAUAUCACUUUUUUGGUUCUGUUUGUUUAAUUUUCAUUUUAGACUUCUGUUAUAGUGCAUUUCCAUUCGUAGCUUUUACUACUUAAUUAGUGUACAUGAUAAAGGUAUUAAUAGAGAUUGAAUAUUGAAGGGAACUUUUGGAGUGUGACAUUUUUGUAUA